GCGAUUGCCACUUCCGGGCUCAAGCAUCGCCUUUUGCGAAAGGUGGCUUCCUAGGGUGACAAUGGCUACCUACAGCCUGGCGAACGAGCGACUACGCGGCCUGGAAGACAUUGAACGGGAAAUCGGAGCCAUUCUUCAAAGUGCAGGUACGGUGAUACUGGAACUGUCCAAAGAAAAAACCAACGAGCGGCUCCUAGACCGGCACGCGAGUGCCUUUAUCGCGUCUGUGCAGCGCGUGGAGGCGGAGCUGUCGGCGCAGAUCCGCUACCUCACCCAGGUGGCCACAGGGCAACCCCAUGAGGGCUCCAGCUACUCUUCAAGGAAAGACUGUCAAAUGGCCCUGAAACGAGUGGACUAUGCUCGCCUUAAGCUCAGUGAUGUAGCCCGAACCUGUGAGCAGAUGCUGGAAAACUAGACCAAGGAGAUGGAGCAAGAACUUGGAGGGAAACCACCAUCUGCACCCUGGGCCUGAACCUGGAGACCUGUAAGAUGAGGAGCAUGAGCUGCCUCAUACAUUCUCUGUUGGUCAAAUAUAUGGGGACAAAGAGAUACACGUGGGAAUGGAGUAACAUAAAGACUAAGACUGCCCAAAACUAUGCUCUGGCUGGUCCAGCAGAGUGCUCCUGCUCUGCAUUUCACAAAAGCACUGACUUAGACAAGAGGUGGAGACUCAGACAUCAGCCCACUUCCUCAUACAUUUCCCACAUAUCCUUGUCACAGGCUUCCCACAAUGUGACCCAGUGAAGACACAUUCUUCACUAGAAAAGACAAAACAUGAACUAAGGAUUUUAGGGGCCACCCUGGUGCCCUAGUUGUUAAGUCUCAGCACUGUGACCACAAUGGCUUAAGUUUGAUCCCCGGCCAGGGAGCUGACCCCACAUGGCGCAGCAGACCUCUCCUGUCUCACCCACUGCUCCCCUCAGCAGUGUAUUUCAGUAGUUCCAUCUGUUCUGCUCCCCACUCUGUCUCUGGUGAAUCCUCUCGCCCCCCACACCUCUGGCCUAUACUCCAUUUCUUGUAUACAUAAAUAAAUAAAAAAUAAAUCUUUAAAAAACCCACGAACUAAGGAUUUUAAUAAAAACAGUAGCAAAACAAGGAACUCAGACUCUCACUAGGGCAUAUAUGGAUGAUACAAGGGAUUGAGGAAGUGAAACCUGUCUGUAUAUCACCAGCUGAGGAGCAAGGGUGGGAAAACCCAAACCUUUACUGUGGAGUCAGGGGACAAAGUGGGAGAGGCGUGAAUCUGGGAGGAAUAGUGUAUGCAGAGAAACUUGGGACAAGAGGGACCACCAGCAGAGAAGCUGAAGGCAGGAAUUAUGACAAGGUGUUACAAGGCCAGUGUCUGUGGAAAGAGUCAAUAAUUGUUAAAAAAAAAAAAAUUUUAUAGUUAAAAAACACACAUAGAACUUGUCCAAGAUAUUACUCUGUGAAAAGGCAUAUUCUAUAUUAUAGUAUUGAAAAAAAUCCAGACUAUCUAAGAGAAGGCAAUGGCUUGUAAUUCUUGUGUUAGUUAUCAACAAACACAUGUAGAGUGCCUACCAUGAUUGUUGGAGUAUUAAAUGCAUUACAUUGAACAAAUCACAAUCUACCCUCACAAACAUCGUAUUUCAAAAAAUAUUUAUUUAUGGGUACAAAAAUGAGUAUAAGCCAGAGUUGCGGGGGGGUGGGGGGUAGAUAAGAGGAUUCACCAGAGAGAGUGGGGAGCAGAACAGGCAGAUCUACUGAAAUACACUGCUGAGGGGAGCAGCGAGCAGGCAGGAGAGGUCUGCUGUACCAUGUGGGUAAUGGCUGGUGAUAGCUUGAAAGCGAUAUCUUUAACCCCUGCACCACCAGGGAGGCCAUGCCCUCACAAACUUCUAUUCUCAGCUUAAGUGUUGAAAUCUGGUGUCACAUGUGCAUAAUCAAACUCCAAACCUGGAAAAGAAGAGAUGAGCGCUGAGAUUAAGGGACAUUUGGGGGUGACAGCUUGAACUGAAGAAUCAGACCCCAUAAUAUUAACCUUAUGACCCAUUCACAAAGAUUUAUGAAUUAAAUGAAUGCUUCCUACCUUCCUUCAUAGCUCCAUCUCCCGCUAGAGUACUUUAGCUGCCAUCUUAAUGUGCUGUAAGCUUUAUCAGACAAGUACUGGUUCCUGGAACCUUGACAACUUCCCUCCCUCCCCAUCAAUUCUGCAGUUUCUGACUGACUCUUCCUCAAGGCCUUUGAACCCUGUUGCAACAGUAUGCUUAUGUGUUGCCUGUGGCAGUUUUGUAGUCACUUGACCCCCCUGGGGAAGGAUCCCUGCUGGGGAAAAUGUGGGUCCUUUGGAGGAGGGAUUCAGAGGCCCAUUUUACCUGGAUACUUCUGCAGUGACUGCUGUCUCCUCUUGCACAGCACAUAGGUGAGGACACUGGUGAGAAUGAAGGUGAUGACCAAGAGGGACAGCACUGGUACCAGCACUGCAGAACGCACUUUGUCUUGCUUCUGGCUGUCCCUAGUUUCCAGACUAGAAUCGAUGGUUUCAUUGGAAUAGGUGAGCUUUUUGUCCAAGGAGGGUGUUUCUGCUAGAAGGCUGGGCUGAAGGGUAGGCUGCAAGGUGGGUGGGAGGUACAUCUGGACAGGAGUGCUGAUAUUCAAAGGUGUUCUUUCUGUGGACUCAGGACCCUGGGCCGUGGAGGGAUGUAAUCUCUUCUGGUGGGCCAUAUUCCCAAAGUAAGCAAGUCCACAUUCUAGAAAGGCAAGAAGUGAGAAAUCGGGGCUAUGAGGGAACAGGGUAAAGAAGUAGAGGAAAGGGUAGUGGGUCAAGGAGAACAUCAAGGGAAACGCUGAAGGCCAGGAGAGAAAGGUAUGGGCAGAGGGGAAAAGCGGGGAGAAGAAAAUGAGCAAACCAUCACAUGGAAACACUGCAGGAGCAUGCCUUUCUGAACUGGGGAAGGGAGACCUGUGUUGGAACCCUGGCUCUGCCACAGAGUAGCCAUGUGACCUUGCCCCUAGUCUCUUCACCCCUCUGGGGCUCUUUCCUUUCAGAUGUAAAGUGAGGAUAUUUUCAGUACUAAGGGCAAGGUAGCUGGGAAGAGUCAACGAAAUGAUGUAGAUCUGUGUAAUCCAAAGGACAGUACGCAUACCACUGCUACAGAAGACAGCUGGAACAUGGGAAAACAUUUUGUACUUCAAUGACUGAAUAUUUAUUUUAGGAGGAAAAUACUACUAGUGCAUCAAAUUUAUGACUUGGCAGAUGUUAUUGCUUAGGACAAGUUGCUGUUUAAGUUUUUCAAAAAUUACUUGUAUACACUUACAUUUUAUUAUAUGUAAAUUUUACCUCAAAAGAAAAAAGGGACAACAAAAUAUUGAACUCUUAAACUUGCAAUGCGUAGUUGCAAUAAGCCAUAGAGAUCUAACACACAGUAUAGUGAAAAUAGACAAUAAUAUACUAUAAUUGUAUAAAGUGAUACAUACUGUUACAAAGGCAAUCAUAUUACAUCAUAUAAAUGUAUCACAGUAAUGCUUUGUACACCUUAAAUUUACAUACCUGUCAAAUUUAUACCAAUAAAAUUAAUAAAAAUAUUGAACUCUAUUUAAUAAUAGACAUGCUGAAAUGUUUGGGGAUGAAGUAUAGUCAUGCCUUCAAUUUACAUGGAAAUACAUCAAAAAAUAAAGUCAGUCGAUGAUAAGUGGAGGGAUGGGUAAACAGAUGAGUGUACACUAAAGGAAAUACAGUUAAAAUGCUGUGAGCUCAAUGUAAAUACCAAAUGUAUUUAUUGUUAUAGAAAAUAUGUAAAAUACAAAAAUCAAAUAUUAUAGGGUGUAGGUGGUAAGUGUAUGGAUGUUCCCUGUACAAUUCUUUCAGCUUUUACACUGUAUAUGUCUGUGAAUUUUCCUAAUAAAAUAUUGGAAAACAAAAACAGUGCCUGGAUUUAAAGAAAAACAAUAGCACAGGCAACAGGAUGAAUUGGCAAAAGUCAUGAAAGUGAUAGUGAAAGAUGUUUGUAAACAGGGAUUUAAGUGACAGUACUUUGAAUAGGAAAGUACCUAGAAGAUUCUAGGA